CUUCAUAUUUUAGUUAAAUCCAGUCAUUGCACUUGCAUAAACGAAGGAAUGGAAACAAGAGAGAAAUUUGCCGAAACUUUCAAUGAGGGUCUUAAAAGUGUUUUCCAAAAGUUAUUGAAAAGAGAAAAGCCAAUUACAGACGAUACAAGUUUACAGAAAUUAUGUGAUUUUGUCCCAGAAUUUGUGACCACUGUUGAAGCAGUCAAAUUAUGCUGGGCUGAUGACUUCCUGAAAGCUUCAGUUAUUGAACUGAACACAAGCAAUGCCUCACUCCUGUUUGCCACACAAAUAGCAGGCAGUUUAGCUCAGAAUGAAGUUAUAUUCAAUCACUAUGAGAAACUGUUUACUGAUUUCUACAGCAGUGUUUUUAAUUCCACAUAUUGGCCAAAAUGUGUCUCCUUAAAGACUGCUAUGUUUACAACAUUACACAAAACAAUCCAACACAUUCCUGGUUUUACUUCUGUAACUCAUACAUUUCCAGAUGUUCCAAACAAAGCCUUGGAUGUGAUUUAUAAAGAAUCAAGCAUCUUCCUCACCAAAGAAGCCAGCAAAUUCCUCAGUCAGCUCCUGAUUCAAAGUUUCCAAAUCAGUGAUGUUUCACUCAAGGUGCUUCAGAUGCGAGACAACCUUUUAGACACUUUCUGGGAUGUCAUCUGCCAUAACACACCCAGUGGCUCCAAUUCUAAAUCCAAGCAUUCCAAAGAACUCUUAUUUGAUAUCCUUAAUGAUGCUGGAGGUACUUGCAAAGAUAUUUGGAAUUGGACAGUGAACCAUAAAGAUAGCUUUUCAGAACUUCAUCAGCUUAUAACUUCAUCGCAAUCAUGGGAUGUUGCUAUGGACUUAUACCUCUGUCUUUUACUCGAUCAUCAUAUCUCUAAAAAUGAGAAGAUAGAGAAAGUUCUGGUAAUAUUUCAUCAACUUGAUAGCAAAGAAGAUGAUGACAGAGUGAGAAGCUUUGUAGAGAAACUAAUGAAAAGCAGUUUCCUAUCUACAUACCCUGAUGAUGCAUUGUUUUCUGAAUUGAUGGAGAAAUAUUACCAACCUAAAUUGAAGAUUUUUAAUUAUAUCACCAACUCUACUGGCUGUAACAAGCAAAUAUCUUUAAAUGACAUCCACCCACCAGAAUGUGAGGCAUGCCUCUGUAAUACCAUUGAGUGCAUGGAGAGACUUGUAGACCCUGAAUUACUUCAGAAAGACAUCAUAAAAACUACAAUCCAAUUAUCCACAACAUGUUUCUUGAAGUUCUUUCACAAGACCACUGACACAGAAUCCUUGCAGACAUCAGAAUAUUACCAGUUCUUCAAAGUCAUUUCCAAUUCCACCAAAUUAUUACUUAAAAUGCUGCACUACUUUCAAAAGUUGGCAUGCAACAAAUCAGAAUUUCUUAUCAGUCAAGACUGCCAAGUUAUUUUGAUCAAUAUUUUAGUGAACAUUGUGGUAGAAAUUGGCCAGAAUCUUUUGGUUGUCAGUCAGUCUUUUGAUUGUCUUUGGUUAUACAUGCUACCAGUGCUGAAGAUGAAAGAUGCCAUCGAUUCAACAGACAAAGGCACCAGCAAUAACAUGACUAACUCCACAGUAAAAGACUUACCAAGCAAAGUGUCUAGUGCCAUUAAGUAUUGUCUGUGUCAUCCUCAGUGGGAAAUCAGGGAUUCUGCUAUGGAGUUUCUCUCUAAAAGUUUUGCAGCUUCUAACACACCUGAAUUUCAGUUGUGGAUACAGGAAAAUAAACUUCAUUCAUUAGCCUACUCCAGCUUAUCCGAUGGUGAAAGUUAUGUCCGUGCCACUUGUAUAUCUGCUCUGUUACAUUUGAUUAAUAUUGAUGAUCUCUGGUCAAGUUUUCUGUCAACUGUUGAAAAAUCUCCGGCUGAUAUUCAACAAGACAUUAUGAACAUUCUUGAAACGGAUAGUGAAGCCUUUGCACGGCGGGCAGCUGCAAAAUUCCUUCUGAAAUUGUCAAAAACUGUGCAUAGUAGUAAUCAACUUGCAAUUUUUCAUAAAGCAAUGUACAGUGUGUUGCAGGACGACUUGGAUUGGGAAGUGAAGAAGGUUAGCAUUGAAUAUUGGGAGAGUAUCAUCAUUUCUGAAGAGCAAUUGACAUUACAAAGUACAACUAGUGUUCCAUCAUAUGCAGCUGGAUUAGUCAUGUCAGGUGGAAUAUGUAAAGCUUGUACAAAUUGUAAGAUACUUAAGAUGCUCUCUAAAUUUCAGCAGAUCAACUGCAUCGAUUCUUUACUCUUAGCCUAUCGAGACUGUGACUACAGUGUGCAAGAAGAAGCUGGCCGUGUCCUUGUUAAUUUGAAGAAAUUUUUAGCUGAACAUAUCAAGUUGGAGGACAUUGGGCAAUGUCUUGUUAAAACUGCGAAUAUGGAUACACAGGACUUGUACCAAUGUUGUAGUAAAGAUUGUUGUCGUUCUUGCGAAUGGUCUGCAAAAAAACAUAAAGGCGUGGCUUUUGUAGAAAUGCUUUCCAAACUUGAUGUAAGUAGUUAUUUACAGGAUUGUCAAAUGAACUGCGAUCUAUACAUAAAGAACCCACUAUCUUUAAUCGAAGACAUACUUGCUGAUUGUGAUGAAGGAGUGAUAAGUGAGGAAGACGAUGAAAAUGUUUUGGAUUGUUAUUAAAUUUUCAAAGAAAUGCAUUUUAUAUUCACAGCAUAAAUUGAUAUGUAAAUUUUGAAACAA